AGAAACACGAACAAGAUUCUGGAGAAACAUAAAGACAUUUUUCCUCGGAAGCUAACGUUAACAUCACUGGGAAUCCCGAGACCCACGGUGUUGGAGAAAGCGCUGACGCUUUACACCCCAACUCUGAGGCCCCAGAACGAGUCAUCUGGUCUGAAUCGGCACAAAAAUGGGGGGAGCUCUUUCUAAAAUGAACCCCUCUGUGGAGUGUAUAACGAAGACAACUGAAAGUGUCCUGAUGGAGAGAGCAGGCUCACCUGUACCCAGCUGUGUUUCCAUAAAGAGUGACAGGUCAAUGGACCUACCAAUCUACUUCAAAGAGGAACCUUUUCCAUCAGAUCAAAGUGUCCUGAUGGAGAGAGCAGGCUCACCUGUACCCAGCUGUGUUUCCAUGAAGAGUGACAGGUCAAUGGACAGACCAAUCGGCUUCAGAGAGGGACGUUUUCCUACAGAUCGAAGUGUCCUGAUGGAGAGAGCAGGCUCACCUGUACCCAGCUGUGUUUCCAUGAAGAGUGACAGGUCAAUGGACCGACCAAUCGGCUUCAGAGAGGGACGUUUUCCUACAGAUCGAAGUGUCCUGAUGGAGAGAGCAGGCUCACCUGUACCCAGCUGUGUUUCCAUGAAGAGUGACUGGUCAAUGAGGGAACCAAUCAGCUUCAGAGAGGGACCUUUUCCUACAGAUCUAAGUGUCCUGAUGGAGAGAGCAGGCUCACCUGUACCCAGCUGUGUUUCCAUGAAGAGUGACAGGUCAAUGGACCCCAAAAUCUACUUCAGAGAGAAACCUUUUCCUACAGAUCAAAGUGUCCUGAUGGAGAGAGCAGGCUCACCUGUACCCAGCUGUGUUUCCAUGAAGAGUGACAGGUCAAUGGACCCCAAAAUCUACUUCAGAAAGAGACGUUUUCCUACAGAUCAAAGGGACCGAGUGAAUAGAUGUAAUUCACAUCCACAUAAAGCAGACUUAUCAUCCAUCUUCAAGUUACUGGAGGAAAAAGCUCAAAUGUUUCUGAAGGAUGAGCUGAUGAAGCUGAAAAGGUACCUGGAUCAGAAUGACCCAGAAUGCUCUGAGCCUCAGCUGGAGGAGGACAAUGACCUGGACAGUGAUGGUCAGAUGCAGAAGACCUGUGGUAGAGAGGGAGCUCUGAAGAUCACACAGUACAUCCUGAGGACCAUGGAGCAAAAUGAUCUUGCUCACAUGCUGGAGAAGAGGCAUCUUCUGUUGCAGUGUCAGCACACAAUCAAAUGUAAUCUAAAGAAGAAAUUUCAGUGUGUAUUUGAAGGGAAAGCUAAGGAAGGACAGUCAACACUUCUCAAAGAGAUUUACACAGAACUCUACAUAACUGAAGGAGGAGCUGGAGGAGUUAAUGAUGAACAUGAAGUGAGACAGAUUGAAACAGCAUCCAAGAAAAGGGGAACAGAAGAUACUACAGUCAAGUGCAAUGAUAUAUUUAAACCCUUAUAUGGGCGUGAGACACCUAUCAGAACUAUACUCACAAAAGGGGUCGCAGGUAUCGGGAAAACAGUCUCUGUGCAGAAAGUUAUUCUUGACUGGGCAGAAGGAAAAGCAAACCAGGACAUUCACUUCAUAUUUGCUCUUCCUUUCCGGGACCUGAAUUUGAUUAAGGAUGAAUACAGUCUGAUUGAGCUGCUUCACCACUUUGUCCCAGAACUGAAAUCUCUUAAAUCCACGGAGCUGUGUAGGUACAAAGUUUUGUUGAUCUUUGAUGGUCUGGAUGAGUGUCGCCUUCCUCUAGAUUUUCAGAACAAUGAGAGCUGGUUUGAUGUAACAAAGAAAACAUCACUGGAUAUGCUGUUGACUAACCUCAUUAAGGGGAACCUGCUACCAUCCGCUCUCCUCUGGAUAACCUCCCGGCCAGCAGCAGCCAAUCAGAUACCUCCUGAGUGUGUCCACCAGGUGACAGAGAUACGAGGGUUCAGUGAUGCCCAGAAGGAGGAGUAUUUCAGGAAGAGAUUUAGUGAUCAGAGCCUGGUUAGCAGGAUUAUCACACAUGUGAAAUCAUCAAGGAGCCUCUUCAUCAUGUGCCACAUACCUGUGUUCUGCUGGAUUUCAGCCACUGUUCUUCAGAGUCUGUUUAGUGAGUCUGACAGUGGAGAAAUUCCAAGGACUCUGACUGAAAUGUACACACACUUCCUGAUCUUCCAGGCGAGUUUAAAAAAUGACAAGUAUAUGAGAAAACAUGAGGUUCAGCUUAAUAAAUGCUCCAAUUGUGACAAGGAAUUCCUUUUAAAACUUGGUAAACUGGCUUUUCAUAACCUUGAGAAAGGCAAUCUCAUAUUUUAUGAGCAAGAUCUGACAGAGAAUGGCAUUGAUGUCACAGAGGCUUCAGUUUACUCUGGAGUGUGUACAGAAGUCUUUAAAGAGGAGUAUGGGUUGUACCAGGAGAAGGUGUACUGCUUUGUGCAUCUGAGCAUCCAGGAGUAUCUCGCUGCUUUAUACGUGUUUCUGUCAAACUCAUCAGCUAAUCUGCUGAAGACUGCAGUGGAUCAGGCAUUAAAGAGCAAGAAUGGACACUUGGACCUCUACCUCCGCUUCCUCCUUGGCCUCUCAACAGACUCCAGUAAGAGUCUGUUAAAUAGGCUACUGGGCCAGACAAGAACCAGCUUACAUAAUAUUGAAGAAACAGCCCAGUACAUCAAGGAGAAAAUACAGGAGAAUUUAUCUGCAGAAAGGACCAUCAACCUGUUCCACUGUCUGAAUGAACUGGGUGACAAUUCUCUAAUAGAGGAAGUACAAAGAUACCUGAGUUCAGGAAGCCUUUCAGCAGCAGACCUCUCACCUGCACAGUGGUCAGCUCUGGCCUUUGUGUUACUGAUGUCAGAUAAGGAGCUGGAUGUGUUUGAUCUGAAGAAAUACAUCAGAUCAGAUGAAGGUCUUCAGAGGCUGCUGCCUGUGAUCAAGAAAUCUAGGACAGCUCUGUAA